CGAAAUAGAUGCAAUGAUCGCGAAUGGGACUAUCCUGGGAUGGGAUAUUAGCAAAGCCAGAUCACGUAGCAGUCAAACCAAGUUCUAGCGAAUAGAAGGUACAGGGGACUAUUCAAGGGGCACAGGAUGCAUGAAAAGGUUUGAGCUUUCCAGAAAGAAGAUGCUUUCGGGUGCAAAAAUAGCCACUCCAUGCGAGAAGGUAUCCGAACAGCACUCAGACUUGCCUGCCAUAGCGAGGUGAUUCGUGGCAGGCUGGGGCUGAGCGCUAUGCACGCCCCAUCAGUCACGACGGCUGUUACUACUGCGCGUCGAAAGGAUGCCUGCGCUCCACAGGGAAUGGUGGAGCAUCGUGAGAACAGCAACUGAAGAAGUACUGCGGCACAUCGAGUAGCAUGUUGACCAUUUUGAGAUUUAACCGCGUACACGUCGACUUGAACGGUAUAUACGCAGGCUUCUCAUCUUAUGGCUGAGCCGAGGCAUAUAAGCAAGAGCCGAGAGCAUGAGAUGACCCGCGGCUGAUAGCAAAGUAUGCGCUCACUAUGCUCGGCAAGGAGAUAGCCUGCCACAAGACGACGGCAAGUCAGGACUCACCAUAGAGGACGCGGACGGUAGAACGGUUUCUUUGCACGACGUUCGCUGCCGAGCAAAGGGUCGGACUCUGAGACUGAGCGCGGGCGCUCCUGUAUGGGGUCGUCCAUGGCACGAUGUCCAGUGGUGGAAGGCCUUAUCUGAGAGGCUGUUGUGGAUCUGACGCGGGAGUGAGGGUGGGAAGGAGAGAAAGUAGAGAGAUCUGGGGAGAUGAUGGGGUCAAAAGGCUGACUAACCGCCGUCCCAUCUGCCUCCGCCGGCUCCGCCACCCACGCGUGCCGGUGCUCGGGCCGGAGUGUUGUGCUGAUGUGAGAGUCGCCGGCCGAGUGCCCGACUUGGCCGCGGUGGCAGAGGCUCAGUCACGGUCCCUUGUCUCGUCAUUCCUCCUCGCCGGCAUGGACGUCGACGACCCCUCUAUCCCUCCCGCCCCCGCCGUGCACACCAACGCAGUCGCUGGCCCCUCCUCACACCCGCACUUCCCCGUUCUCUAUCUCCCCCCGCCAGGGGCUCCACAACCACCUCCCCUCCUCACCAGCACACAGGACCUCAUCUCCCGAUUCAACCUCCUCCCCGCGUACGACAAGUUUGUCCGCCCCUUCGCUGCCCCCGUCGAUGGCCAAUCCUCCAACCACCCCCCAACGCCCGCACCCACCGCCAUUGCCACGGCACCAGCGCAGGACAAGGGCAAGGGCAGAGAGCGCGAGCCAGAAACACCCUUGCCCGCAAACGCCCUCAGCCCCGGCGCACAGCCCGACGCAGACGACGACGACGGGAAGGAUGGAAAGAAGAAGAAGAAUAGCUAUAAGCACCUCAUCAAGGGCAUCCCUGGUCGUCACUCGAUGAAGAAGGACGACUUCUUGACCGACAUCAUCCAGGUUCCGCCCAAGCAGCGCAUCACAAUCGCCCCGUUCGACUUGCGCACACAGCGCGAUGCGUUCUCCGUCUCGUUGGAAGGUCUCAAGGGCUGGAAUAUCCAUGCGCUUGUCCUCGAGUCCACGCAGGCCCGCGAAGAUAGGAAGAAACGGAAAGAGCUCAAAAAACUCGCCAAAGCACAAGGCGCCACCGCACUCGCCAAUCCUAUAUCCACACCCGUCGCCGCCGCCGCACCAACGCCACCCGCCCCAGCUCGCGCCCGGAGCAGCACGCCCCAUCGGUCCUCGACCCCCGCACGCCCACCGCCCCCAGUCCUGCCUCAGCAACAACAGCAGCAACAGCACUACCAACAAUCGAGGGGCGUCAAGCGUGAUCACGAGGAAAGCAUAUCGCACGCGAACACCCAGGGCCCAGGGUUCGCCACGAACGGUGCGGGGCCGAUGAAAAACGGGUCGGCGCCGACACCCGUGGGGGCCUCGAAGGCCGGUGUCCCGGGCGCGAGGCCGCGGCCGGUGAAGAAACAGCGCGUGGAUAUCCAGGGCCAGGCGAGAGACAUGCACCCACACCUGCCCGUGCAGCAGCCGACGCCGCAGGGGGUGUAGCUCGAUCGCAACGCUUGAUAUAAUGCAACGACCCAGUCCGCCGUGCCCGCCGACGUCCCGCAACAUACAUAUUUAUUGCGAACCCGAAAAUGCGGGCUGAUCCCCGCGCACCGUUUGGCGAUCUCGCUUGGCCUUUCCUCCUCCUUGUACCGAACUUUCGCCCUUCUCAGAAUGUUCACCUCUGGUGGCCGCACAUCAGGGCAUACAGUACGCCUUACCAUGCGUCAUCCGAGUAUUGGCUGUUAUGACCCGUCUGCUCCUGUCUGCGUCUAAUCGCAGACCCUCAUCCCAAACCUAACACAACGCGUCUGCUCUCUCCUCAUCUCUCUCCGAGCAAUAAGAUAGGCAUCAUACUGCCCCCUUCCCACCCGUCCCGCCCCAUCCUACUCAUCCUCGAAUCCCUGCCUGCUUGUCCCUCUCCCUUGUCUUUGUGCACUCUACCGUCUGCCUAUCUUCAACUGUCCCAGGGGCAUCGUCACGCUCGACUCGACUUCACUCCACUCCACCCCAACCACGCCAUACAUACACAUAAACACACCCAGCCAUUCAUCGUUUGGUUAUUCCGGUCCUUUUUUUUUAUUACCUUCUCGCUGCCAAUUCAGUUGUUUUGUUCGACCGUGUGUCGUUGGUGUC